CACUCACUCACUCACUCACGCAUUUCAUCUGAAUCAUGAGGAAAGGCAGGCUGAAAAAGCAUCCGGUGAGUUUCUAAUCAUACCAUUUCAGUGAACCAGUUUAAACAAACCCCAGGACUUGCUAUAAUCACACAUUUCACACUGGUCCAAAUACACAGCCACUGCACACCCACAACAUAUUUUUGAUCCUUGCACAUAAACUUCUCAAUUACUAAAGUAAGUUUAAGUUAUUUGAAAGCCCUAUGUACAAGAUUUCAAACUUACAGUGCAUUUAAACCAAAUCAAUUUUCAUUGGUGAACUUUUUAUCAGACUUACCUUCUAGAAAGAACAGCAAUAUUUUACUUGUUCUGCAAGUAAUCUUUUUUUAAAAAAAUAAUCUCCUUUUAUGUCUUUCCUUUAUUAAUUUAUGGUAAACGAAAUAUUGUUUGUACUUGCGUUAAGGAUUGACGAGGAUUUCAUGUGUCACAUGCAUGCCAAUUUAAAAACUAAAUAAAUAAAUAAAAAUAAUGCUACUAUAAUAUGUCUUAAUCAUUUUUUUUUGUAUUGCAGGAAGAAAAAAGGAGGGAAGAUGCAGAUUUUGAUGUAAUAGAUCUGACUGUUUCAUUUGGGGAGCUUAGCUCUUUGGAGAACACUCCCACGAAGAUAGAGCAGUAUCAUCAGUGCUCUCAGGAUGAGGAUGGUGCAAGGUAACAUAAUAUUACCAAGUACUGUCGGUUAUAGUUGUCUAAUAAACAAUAUAUUUACAUACAGUACAUUAGAAGGCAUAGCAAUCAAAUGAAUCUUCUGUGAUUACUUCAUUCAAAUUAAGCUUACCUGGCAAAUUGCUGUUGCACAAACAACCAUUCAGUACUGUGCUCGGUACUUUUUAUUUUUGAACCAUGAUGCAUCCAAGAUUUGAUUGAUUGCUAACUAUUUCAAACAAGUGAUGUAACUUUCUAUGGAGUGAACAUAUGGCCCGGCAUAGUAGAUGGUGAACUCAUAAAUGUAGCAACCUGUUAUGUAAUUACAACUGCCCACAAUAUUAUUGUUCUUCUCGUCCAGAGCUCAACUUGUCUUUGGCAACAAAGGGUCUGGGUCAAGUGAGACAAAUUCAGAGCAAGAUGAUAUGAAGGAGGAUACAGAUAAGAAGAAAACAAAAAGGAGAAAACAAAAGAAAAUAGGAGAAGACUUGUGGAGUUAUGCAGAGGGAGAUGAGGUGGAAAGCUUGCCAGUGGGGAUUGAUGGACUUAAUGUUUAUAUAGUGAGUCAGAAGGAUGAGAAAGAUCUUAAAGAAUGCUUGAGGGAUGGAAGGAAGUGGAAGAAAGACUGCCCGAUGAACUGGAGAGGACGCGAGAGGUUGCAUUAUGCAGACUGUCGUGAAUCCUACAAAUGCAAUACAUGUCCGUUUUUGACAGAGUAUGGUGUUAAAAACACAAAACAGUGGCAUAGGUGGGUAGUAAAUGUUUUGUGCCAAGGCUGUGGUGACCCAGGUACUUAUGUUCCAUGCAAUGCUUGACGAUACUUGUGCCAUGAGAAAAGAAGUGUUUUAGUAUUUCACUAUGAUUUCGUACUUUUUCUGUAUCAAGUUAUGUCACAAAAAGCAAGGAAGAGAUAGAGAAAAUUAUCAAAGAAAACCCAAAUAUAAAGCCAUCAGAGCUCAGGUUAGCCUUUUAACAUGUUAACAUCGAGUUUCUUAAGGUUUCUACACUACAACUCGUGAAAUUCCUCAAGCGAACACAUCUUGCAUCCUUUGUAUUUUUAUAGUUCAGUCUACUCUUGGAAGAAUUGUUUCUAAGUUUCAUAAUUCUUUCUAGUUAGUCUAAUUAUAUUUUUCUUUUUAUUUACUUCUUAGUUUUUCAAAACUGAUUUGGUUAUUGCUUUGCUACACCACUUGGUUUACCACAUUGUUAUAUCACUUCACUACACAUCGCUUCAUGUGCAAGUACUGUUCUUUUACAGGGUUUUAAAGUGUCUAUGUAACGUCUCAACUUGUCACUUCAAUAAAUUUUGUCUUAACCUGCUGAAGUCACGAGCCUUGUUGUAGCAAUCAUUUCUAAAGCACAUUAAGAAUUAUUUAGCACGUCUGAACGACACUUGGAAUUCACAUGGUUGACAUUCUGUGAGAAAGGUAACGUCUUUCCUCUCACAUAGACAAAUAAGUUCUUCAAAGUUUUCAAACCAUUUAAAUUGAACUUUUGUAUCCAGAUAGCUGAGUUUACUGACAAGAACCGCAAAAUUGCUGCUUGAUGUAGAAAGUCUCUCAUAUUGUUGAUAUGAAUAUGCUACAGCAUUCGGAGCAACUUCAUGCAUGACUGCCAUUGUGACUGGUGAAAACUUUAGCUGUGAUAAGCUGAGUUGAAGUCCUGCUUCUCACUUGAUCUUUUCCGCAUCACUGAAUUCAGACAUUUUGUGAGACAAGGUAAUUUAACCUUUUGAUCAAAGGUCUUAUGUUCAUUGUAAAGCCAAUUCCUUUCUCAAGCACCAGUGAUAUUGUUUUUGAGAUUAUGGGUUGGUUUUGUAGAGGCCAGUACCUCAGAGUCUCUUCCACUGGCCAACACUCCCGUGCGACCCAGCCAGCCAGCAGUCCCUGUUACAAGACGUAAUCCUGGUAGACUCUACUGCAAUUAGUCCAUCAAUAUUAGAGGAGCAUAGUAGUGUUCCACUACACAGAGGGGAAGACAAGGGCAACUGGAAAAGGAAAAGCGCCAAUUAAAAAAAUUCAGGUGGCUCCUUAUAGUAUACUGUGGCGCAUGUACUGAUGUGUGCCUAGUAAUAGUUGUGUGCUCAUGACUAAUACAUGGUGUAUUGGUUUGUUUGAAAGUGGGUGAGAUGUCUGAAAAAAGCAACUGUCCAGACCCCUUGGAGCAAGAGAAUUUCCUAGAAGAACUGCCAAGGGAUGCAUCUAAUUGUUUACCAGGUGUCUUGUCUACUCAGACAGGAACCGCAACCAACAGUUGCCAACAAUCCCAUACCAGUUCACUGCUGACAGCACUGAACAUGUCUGGUUCAGAUCCCUGCACACCAAAUGUCCCACCAUCCACUUCACAUCCAUCACCUAUUGGAAUACCACGAGCAGGAUUAAUUAAGGGUAAUCGUAAUCCCUCGUCAUACAUAGCGGGUGUUGUGGACUGGACUUUUACAGAAUCCCAGUCAAACAUCCAGGGAAGGACAGGCAGCAAUGCUUGUGCCUUUAUUGCCCUAAUCAUGGGGAAGAUAUGGAUCAUAGGAAGCUUGCUUUGGCUGAGAGGUGACUGUCUUCCUAAGUCAUGGAGUAAAUCCUUAGUUGAAGCAAUGAUCAAAGGCAACAAAAUCCAUGAUGACCAGUUUGAUCAUCAAGCUGUUGGUUUAGAAGUGGAGGGUGCAGUUUCAUUGGCAGAUAAUGCAUGCAGGGUACAGAGAGUUGGGCAGCAGAUUGACAUUUUUGACAUCAACCCAGUUCAUCAGUUGGCCAAUGUGUUAAUCCAAGAGGCCCAGAAUAACAUGUCAAAGUCAUGCUGUGUUAUAAUGACAGGACACCGUGCCAUGCUUUUAGCAGUGAACUCUGAUAGCUCUGCCAUGAUUAUUGACUUCCAUAGUCAUUGAAAUGAUGGAGCCAUCAUAGCAUGCAGUUAACCAGGCUGUAUACAUCUCCUCGCUUAAUGGUAAGAUGCCAUGAUGAAUGACAACUGGCAGCAUCCUCUCACUAUUGCAUCAUUUAAAAAGGUUUUUUUUUUAAGG